AACUCCUACAAUUCUCGGAAGGCACGUGCGAAUGAACCCAAAACGGCGAGCAACUAAAUUGCGUUGAACCGGAAGAAGAAGAAGACGCCACUGGAUUGCUGCAUGGUGUUCGAGGAAAGAACCCUUCCCGCACCUUCCUUCCUCCUCCGCCCACUCGAUUAGCUGGGAGGAAGCCCUUUGCCGGAUCUGCAGAUCUCAGAUCUUAGAUCUUCGGAUCACUGGCCAGCUACUCGUUAGAGCGAUUUCGUUCCCUACCCCAAACAAAAUUUUCUACGACUUUAGUGGGGUAGGGUUUUUGGAAAGAUCCUUAGUCCUUGCCUGUUUUACAACGGAUCGCUGCGGCGUAAGAGAUGCCGGUCGCAGCAUCUGCUAUAUACUUCCUCAAUCUUCGAGGAGAUGUCCUUAUCAAUCGCCUAUACCGUGACGAUGUUGGGGGCAACAUGGUGGAUGCAUUCCGAAUGCAUAUAAUGCAGACAAAAGAACUCGGUAUAUGUCCUGUUCGGCAAAUUGGAGGUUGCUCUUUCUUUUACAUGAGAAUCAGCAAUGUUUACAUUGUGAUUGUUGUCAGCAGCAACGCUAAUGUUGCUUGUGCUUUCAAAUUUGUUGUUGAGGCUGUUGCACUGUUCAAAUCUUAUUUUGGUGGGGCUUUUGAUGAAGACGCUAUAAGGAACAACUUUGUUUUGAUAUAUGAGCUUCUCGAUGAGAUAAUGGACUUUGGCUAUCCUCAAAAUCUUUCUCCUGAAAUUUUGAAGCUCUAUAUCACUCAGGAAGGAGUUCGUUCACCGUUCUCAUCAAAGCCCUCAGACAAGCCAGUUCCAAAUGCAACUUUACAAGUUACGGGUGCUGUCGGUUGGAGGCGUGAGGGUCUUGUGUAUAAGAAAAAUGAGGUUUUCUUGGAUAUUGUGGAAAGUGUCAACCUCCUUAUGUCUUCCAAAGGUAGUGUACUUCGUUGCGAUGUGACUGGGAAGAUUCUUAUGAAAUGCUUCCUCUCGGGUAUGCCUGAUUUGAAACUAGGCUUAAAUGACAAAAUUGGUCUGGAAAAGGAAUCACAGAUUAAAUCCAGGCCAAUGAAAAGUGGAAAAACUAUAGAACUUGAUGAUGUCACAUUUCAUCAAUGCGUGAACCUGACAAGGUUUAACUCGGAAAAGACUGUCAGUUUUGUGCCACCUGAUGGAGAAUUUGAACUCAUGAAGUAUCGGAUUACCGAAGGUGUGAAUCUUCCAUUUCGUGUGCUGCCAACAAUCAAGGAAUUGGGCCGGACACGAUUGGAAGUAAAUGUGAAGGUUAAGAGCGUUUUUGGCGCAAAGAUGUUUGCUCUUGGGGUUGUGGUCAAGGUUCCAGUUCCAAAGCAAACCGCCAAGACAAGCUUUCAAGUAACAUCUGGCCGAGCAAAAUACAAUGCCUCUGUUGAUUGUUUGGUGUGGAAGAUAAGAAAAUUUCCAGGACAAACAGAAGCAACAAUGAGUGCCGAAGUUGAGCUUAUUUCUACAAUGACGGAGAAAAAACCUUGGACCAGACCUCCAAUCCAGAUGGAAUUUCAGGUUCCCAUGUUCACUGCAUCAGGCUUGCGUGUUAGAUUUCUGAAGGUUUGGGAAAAGAGUGGAUACAAUACCGUUGAAUGGGUUCGGUACAUCACAAAGGCUGGAUCAUAUGAGAUCAGAUGCUAGAGUCCUUUUUAUUGCAUACAAGAGGAGAAGCGAUUUAUGAACUGAUUAUAUUUGAGGACAAUGGAGGGUGCACUGAAUCACAUGAGAAUAUUUCAUUAUUUGCAUUUUUGGCAGCAGAACCGACCGCAUAUUAGCGUUAGAUUAACCUGGAACUUACCGCACAGGUUCGCCGAACUUCAUUUGCCUUUUUGGGUUUGUGAAUUCAUUUUGUUAUUAUAGUGAUGUUUUAUUGUAAUAUUUUUUAAUUUUCUUCUUAUAACGGUCUCUUAUGAUUAGAUGA